AGGGAAAGAAUAUUCAAAAUCUUCUCUGAUUGGCCAUUGGUCUGACUUAAUUGAAACCUUCUGUAUGGCACGAAGAAUUCUGGGACUUUGGCAUUUUCCCAAGAAUCCUCAGAAUGUUAGUUUUUUAGCCCGUCUGACUUAAUUGAAACCUUCUGUAUGGCACGAAGAAUUCUGGGACUUUGGCAUUUUCCCAAGAAUCCUCAGAAUGUUAGUUUUUUAGCCCGUCUCUCUCUCUCUCUCUCUCUCUCUCUCUCUCUCUCUCCGCUCUUGCUCUUUUUUUCCCCCUCAUCCAGCGGUGUCUUACAUCAGCUUACUGUGAGAUCUGAAAGAGAGGUUCGGAGAGAAAGAAAAAGCCUUGUUUUUAUCCUCCUGAUUACACACACAUUACUUGGAAUUAAGAAAUCCUUGGGAAAAUGGUUUGAAAACAGCAGCCCAAGCAGAAUGAACGUCCCGUCUCCGCCUGAGAUGAAGCAGCUUUGGAAGAUGCUCUUUCCGCUCCUUAUCCUCCUUUACCUAUCGGGAGCUGUCAAGUCUCAAGUAAAUCCAGGUGUGUGUCGGUCCCCGUUAGGAAUGUCCAGAGGCCAGAUCAUAGAUGAAGAUAUUUCAGCUUCCAGUCAGUGGUCUGACUCCACAGCAGCAAAAUAUGGCAGGCUGGACUGUGAGGAAGGAGAUGGUGCGUGGUGUCCUGAGAUAGCAGGAGAACCUGAGAAUAUGAACGAGUUCCUGCAGGUAGAUCUUCGUUCUCUGCACUUCAUCACUCUGGUGGGCACUCAGGGACGUCACGCGGGGGGCAUUGGGAAUGAGUUUGCCCAGACAUACAAGAUCAAAUACAGCCGUGAUGGCAGCCGCUGGAUCUCCUGGCGCAACAGGCAGGGCAAAGAGGUGAUUGAAGGAAACAGGAAUGCCUAUGACAUUGUGCUGAAGGAUUUGGAGCCACCCAUCAUUGCACGUUUCGUCCGCUUCAUGCCCGUCAUCGAUCACUCCAUGAACGUUUGUAUGCGUGUGGAACUGUACGGCUGUGAGUGGCUAGAUGGCUUGGUUUCAUAUAAUUCUCCACUUGGCCAGCAGAUGACUCUCAAUGGACAGCAUAUUUAUCUCAAUGAUUCAGUGUAUGAUGGAGCCAUGAGUUACAGUAUGACAGAAGGACUUGGACAGCUGACGGAUGGCAUGUGUGGCCUCGAUGAUUUCACACACAGUCACGUCUACAAUGUAUGGCCUGGUUAUGACUAUGUCGGCUGGACCAAUGAGAGCUUUCUCAACGGUUAUGUUGAGAUCAUGUUUGAGUUUGACCGCACCCGCAACUUCACCACCAUGAAGGUGCACUGCAACAACAUGUUCUCCCGAAGAGUGAAGACCUUUCAGAAGGUGGUGUGUUACUUUCGCUCGGAGUUGGACUGGGAAGCUACACCCAUAUCAUUCAGCCCCGUGAUGGAUGAUGUCAACCCCAGUGCCCGCUUCGUCACUGUCUCACUCUACAAUCACAUGGCCAGUGCUAUUAAGUGCCAGUACUACUUUUCUGACAUCUGGAUGAUGUUUAGUGAAAUCACCUUCCAGUCAGAUACAGCCAUGUACAACACAACCCUGGCUCCCCCCAAAACCGGUCCUCCCAUCAGCAAUCAGCCAGGGGAUGACCCCACCCACAAAGUAGAUGACAGCAACACCCGGAUCCUGAUUGGCUGCUUGGUUGCCAUCAUCUUCAUCUUAGUGGUCAUUAUUGUUAUUAUACUAUGGAGACAAGUGUGGCAGAAGAUGCUUGAGAAGGUGUCUCGGAGGAUGCUGGACGAUGAACUAACUGCUAGUCUGUCAAUACAGAGUGAGACCUUCACCUAUAACAACAACAGCCCCUCUUCAGUGUCCAGCGAGCAAGAGUCCAACUCUACCUAUGAGCGCAUCUUCCCUCUGGGACCCGACUACCAAGAGCCAUCCUGCCUGGUUCGCAAACUGCCCGAGUUUUCCCAAACCUCAGAGGACACCGCUUCAACAAAUACAGCUUCCAAGUCCGCUCCAGCCAGUGUACAAGAGGGAGUCCCACAUUACGCUGAGGCAGACAUCGUCAACCUGCAGGGUGUAACUGGGGGCAACACUUACGCAGUGCCCGCCCUUACCAUGGACCUGCUGUCAGGGAAGGAUGUCGCUGUGGAAGAAUUUCCUCGGAAGCUGCUUACCUUUAAAGAAAAGUUGGGAGAAGGGCAGUUUGGAGAGGUGCAUUUGUGUGAAGCAGAAGGCAUGCAAGAUUUCAUGGAUGAGGACUUCUCCUUCGAUGUCAUUGAAAACCAAACAGUGCUUGUAGCUGUUAAAAUGCUUCGAGCGGAUGCAAAUAAAAACGCUAGGAAUGAUUUCUUGAAGGAGAUAAAGAUCAUGUCACGAUUGAAAGACCCCAACAUCAUCAGGCUGCUGGCGGUGUGUAUGAGCUCUGACCCUCUGUGUAUGAUCACAGAGUACAUGGAGAACGGAGACCUUAAUCAGUUCCUGUCUCGCCAUGAGCCUGAGGGCAUGAUCGCUCUCCUCAGCAAUGCUCCCACAGUCAGUUACAGUAACCUACACCACAUGACCUCACAGAUUGCUUCAGGCAUGAAGUAUCUAUCAUCACUCAACUUUGUGCAUCGAGACUUGGCCACACGCAACUGCCUAGUAGGAAAAAACUACACCAUCAAGAUCGCAGACUUCGGGAUGAGUAGGAACCUGUAUAGCGGAGACUACUACCGUAUCCAGGGUAGAGCGGUGCUGCCCAUCCGUUGGAUGUCCUGGGAGAGCAUUCUUCUGGGGAAAUUCACCACAUCCAGUGAUGUGUGGGCUUUUGGCGUAACCCUUUGGGAGAUGCUUACCUUCUGCAAAGAGCAGCCUUACUCACAGCUGUCAGAUGAGCAGGUCAUUGAAAACACAGGAGAGUUCUUUCGGGAUCAAAGGAGACAGAUAUACCUGCCUCAGCCACCAAUGUGUCCUGACCCUGUCUACAAGCUCAUGUUGAGCUGCUGGAACAGGAAUACCAAAGAGCGUCCAUCCUUCCAGGAGAUUCAUCACACGUUACUGGAUUGCAAGCCGUAGUGUCCACUUAUGUGCCAGCCUUGGCACUUCCAGAGACAUUUCAGUGCGCCCACAGGACUCCAGUCAACUGUACACCGUAACACAUACUUAUAUGUUUCCGUAUAUAAGUGAGAUCAGAAUCUAUCAUUUUUCUGUAGCAAUUUUCACUGUGAGUGUGCAAAGGCAAACUGAUAUAUAUUGUAAGAUUGAACUACACCCCGUAACUAAGUGCCUUCAGCUGGCUUACAAUACCUGGGCAGCACUAGGACAAAGAAAAUGUAGCAAUGAAUUUAGGCACCUUUAUCACAGAAUAAUUGGAUUUUACACACUGUGUAUUUUCUCCAAAUAACUCUAAAUAUUCUAAAAUAGCCAUUAGAAUAUUUUUGAAUAGAAAGAGGAAAUGCCAAAAAACAAGGUAUCGGCUACUAAUGCGCCUUUUAUUAUUUCCAAUUUAAUGUUGUUUUCAGUAUUUUGAGGCCGAAGACAGCUUGAAUGUAAAUAAGAAUCAUUAAUUGAC